CUACGGCCAACAGUAGGAGCAAAAUGUUAUUUUUUAAUGUUGUCGUAUAAAUACUUCGCGGAGUUCUUUAGCCACCAACAGUUUCCAUUACAUAGCUCACGUAGUAACAGAGCCAGCUUAUCGCUUUGCGCCAAUCGCAAAAUACGGAUACGGAUAUACAAUUCUUAACAAAAUGAAAAUACUGUUAGUUUCAUUGGCAAUCAUUGCUGCUGCCUGCGCCGAUGUCUCCCAUUUAGGCAAUCGUUAUUUACCACCCAAUCAUCAGCAUCAGCUACACCAUCACAGCCAUGGCCAGGAAAGCCAUAACCAUCAACAUCAACAUGAACAGCCACGCAACCAAAGACCGACAAAUGAACGCGUUGAGACUACCAUCGAGAAACAUGAAGUCAUUGAAUUGCCCACACAGAUUGAAAUUGUCAAGGAUGGCCAACCCAUCUACGGUGUUCAAUCAAUGUCCACUCACAUUGAGCCCAUGCCAGAGCUCAGGACUCGUUAUCUGCCACCAUCCCAUGAAAUUGAAAAUCUCCAACCACCCACGACCCAGCAGCCACGCUCGCAACAGGUCCCAUACGAAAUGCCCAUGAGAAAUUAUCUGCCGCCUGUGCAUCCUGAAAUGACAACCACCACUGACGUGCCCUCGACCACAACAGAAGUGCUAAGAACCACCACAGAUUUGGUUGCCCCCGACACCACCACAUACACAGCAAUGAAGGAAGAGACUACCGAACCAAUGACUACUACCAUGCCUAUGUCCACCACCACCACCACCACAGAGCAGGAUGCCUACGAAAGCACCACAUUGUCGGCUCCCGAGCCCACAACUAUGCCCAGAAAUCGUUAUUUGCCUCCAACCUCUGUGCCAGCUGGUCGCUACCUGCCUCCUCCCGUUUCCAUGCCCGAGCAAGAGUAUCUCUCGCCACCCCAGAGCCAAUAUCUAGCACCCAAUAUGCCCGAGAAGCAAUAUCUGCCACCCAUGGACGUGAUGUUGCCCCCACCAUCGCCCAUGCCCCAGCCCACCUACCAGCAAUACCAGGAGCAACUGGUGCGUGAACAGCAAAUGCACCAGAUGUACCGUGAGGAACAGAUGAAUGACAUGAUGAAUGCAAUUUCCCAAAUGGAACAGCAAAACAUGAUUACCUUGGAGCCCACCAAUGCCGACAACAGCGCACAUUCACAGAUGCAACCUGUUGCUCCUGCCGAACCGGCUCAUGUAUUGCGAAGCGAUGGCUAUCAUUACAAAACCGCCAACGAUGAUUUGAGACGUUUCCGUUAUCGCCAUUAAAUGAGGCACUCGGCAUGGCUUUAGAAUAGACACCGUUGUUAUAUGAAUAUUUGUUGUAA